CUUCAGCACUUCCUGAAAAUUGCAGAGUAUUGUUGGCAAGGCUCCAGGCCAGGGGCUGGAAGAAGCUUAAAAGCCUGAUUCCUGAAAAGACAGAAGCAACCCACUUGUAACCAAAUGCGACCUUCAGUUUCUGUUUUACCCACCAAAACUUGUCAUUCCUCAAGGAACACAUGUACCUUCUUUCCUCCAUUUUUUCUCUUCAGCUUUUUUCAUGAUAACUGAAGCACUUGUUUGUGAAAUCAGUGAUUUUGAUGUACGACUGUGACGUUCACAAGCUUUGCGCUUCUGGGUCACUGCGUUCGAAAAGCACGGAAAGUGAAUGAGGUGACAUUUUGGUUGUCGCUGGCUGGGUCAAGAGAAAGGAACAGAGAGAGGGAGAGAGAGCUGUCUGGGUAUUAUUAUGAAGAGCAAGGAAAUGGAGUUACUCAUCUCCGUCAUACUAUUGUUUGUGGGUAUUGCUGUUUUGGUGAUCAUACAUGUUUGCAUCGCAGGCAGAGCUUUCAGGGGAGGGAAUCAGGGUGAUAAUAUGGGUCAAAGAAGCGGCAAUGGGACCAAAAGGAUGUCCACCGGGGACCUGGAAAGGCUUCCUUGCUUCGACUACAAGGCGGCAGAAAAAGGGUCUGGGUCUGUUGAUUGCGCCGUGUGCUUGGAGAACUUCAAAAUGGGUGAUAAAUGCAGGUUAUUGCCGAAUUGCAGGCACAGCUUCCAUGUCCAGUGCAUAGAUUCGUGGUUGUUGAAGGCACCCAUUUGCCCAAUCUGUCGAACUUGCGUUAAUCCUCCCAAGAUUGACGUGAUUUUGAGAGAGGAAAGUAGAAUUGAAUUGACAUAGAGCCCUUGCCCACUAAAACACGACACAUGGAAGUAUGGAACAAGUGUGGUCUUCUUUCUUACCUUCCCUGCAUUUUCCUUUUUCUUUUUCUUUUCUUUCUUUCUUUCUUUUUUUUUUUUUUUUUUUUGCUGAUAUAGAUCAACUGCAUAAUUGUCUGUAGCAGAAUCAAAUCACCUUCAGUUUGAAAUGGAAUUUAGGAAGGAUUUAUGAAGUAGAAAAAGUUCCCUUGAAAUUUCUUUAAAAACUUGUUCGUUAGGAAAGUAA